AUGGCUCUUGAACAAUCUUUGGCUGCGCUUUCCAUUGCCGCCGUGGCUGCCGAGUCUGCUAUUCCAACAAAGACGCUUGUUUUCAAGCCCAAGACCGCUAAAACCGCUACUCCUGUUCCUGUUGUCGUAUUUGCUUUGCAAGCCACUCCUACUCCCAAUGCCACCAUUGCCAAAGCGGCGGGUGUCAAAGAACCCAGAAUGGCUAAAGAUGACUUGAUCAUGGAAUUUUUCAAGACAUCUGCGAAGGAAGUGUCGAUCGCAAACUUGUCCAAGGAAUUGGCUGGUAAGGUCAAGUUGGUGUUGGAUGCCGGUAUUGCUCACGCUGCUGACGAAGUGAACCUUGAGUUGGCCACAGAGUCUGCUAGAGUGAGCGUAUCUUCAAAAGACAUUAAUGCAUUUUUGCAGUCCACUGGUAUCGAGAUUAUCACCGUAGACUUCCUUGUGGAGGCUACUGCCUCUCCUGCGGCUGCUCCAAUGGCCACCGCUACUUCUAGAAAAGAGGUGUUGAAGAGAGAAAAGGAGGCCGCCAAGUUGGAGGAUGCCAAGUUGAUAGGUAUCACUGUUGACAAGACGAAGGACUUCUCUUCUUGGUACUCGCAAAUUGUCACUAAAGGUGAGAUGUUGGACUAUUAUGACGUGUCGGGCUGUUACAUUUUGAGGCCCAACUCCUACUUCGUGUGGGAAACUAUCCAGGAUUGGUUCAAUAUUCAUAUCAAGAAAGUUGGCGUCAAGAACGCUUACUUCCCCAUGUUCGUCUCUUCCAAAGUCCUCGAAAGAGAGAAGGACCACAUUGAGGGCUUUGCUCCUGAAGUGGCCUGGGUCACUCGUGCUGGUUCUUCCGAAUUGGAGGAGCAUAUAGCCAUUAGACCUACCUCAGAAACCGUCAUGUACCCAUACUACGCUAAGUGGAUUCGUUCUCAUCGUGAUUUGCCUCUUAAGUUGAACCAGUGGAAUUCCGUUGUUAGAUGGGAGUUCAAGCAUCCCCAGCCUUUUUUGAGAACCAGAGAGUUCUUGUGGCAGGAAGGUCACACCGCUCACUUGACUGAAGAGGGAGCUAUGGAGGAAGUGGACUACAUUUUGGAUCUUUACAAGCGUGUUUACGAAGAGUUGUUAGCUGUUCCUGUCAUCAAAGGUAGAAAGACCGAAAACGAAAAGUUUGCUGGUGCCCGUUACACCACCACUGUCGAGGGUUUCAUCGCUGCUACCGGGAGAGGUAUUCAGGGUGCUACCUCCCAUCACUUGGGCACCAACUUCUCCAAAAUGUUCAAUAUUUCUGUGGAGAAUCCUGAUGGCCCAGACAAGCCUCGUGUCCAUGCAUUCCAGAAUUCUUGGGGUUUGUCGACCAGAGUUAUCGGUGUCAUGAUCAUGACCCAUUCCGACAAUAAGGGUUUGGUUUUGCCUCCUAGAGUAGCUCAAACACAGGUUGUGGUUAUUCCUGUUGGUUUGACCACCAAGUCGACUAAGGAACAGAGAGACACGAUCAACAAGGGUGCGAAGGAAAUUGAGCAGAGAUUGUUCAAGGCUGACCUUCGUGUUGCCGGUGAUUACAGAGACAACUACUCUCCAGGCUGGAAGUUCGCCGAUGCCGAGUUGAAGGGUAUUCCAUUGCGUGUUGAGUUUGGUCCUAAGGAUCAAGCAGCAGGUCAGGUCCUCGCUGUUAGACGUGAUACAGGUGCUAAGUUCACUAUUAAAUUGGAUGAAUUGGAGACUAGAGUUCCAGAGAUUUUGGAGACUAUCCAGAAAGACUUAUUAGAAAAAGCCCGUAAGGACUUCGAUAGCCAUCGUGUUGUUGUGGAGGAUUGGAAGGAUUUCGUUCCUACCUUGAACAACAAGAACGUCAUUUUGUCUCCUUGGUGUGGUGUCCCUGAGUGUGAGGAUGACAUCAAGGAGUCUUCUGCAUCGACUGGUGAUGAUGAGGAGCAGGACGAAAGAGCACCAUCCAUGGGUGCUAAGUCCUUAUGCAUUCCAGGUCACCAGCUUCCUUUGCGUCCAGGACAAAAGUGUGUGAGAUGCACUCGUAAUGCUGUCACUUGGUGCAUGUUUGGCAGAUCUUAUUAA